UCCAGAAAGUCCGACAAUAAUCUCCGUGGAAACCACGGAUCGAGAAGCUUUGGUCACGUGGACAUUUAACGAUGAUGGUGGCCUGGAACUGAAUGCCUUAAUACUCCAGUACAGAAAGGGUGAACAAGAGUGGAAUGAAAUCCAGAUUAAACCCCCAAACAAAAACAAGUACACCAUCAUGUAUCUCGAUCCAGACACAAACUACAACUUCCGUAUCUUGGCGACCAACAACCUAGGCACCAGUACUCCUAGUUCAAACUAUUUUGCCAAAACAAAGAAAACGGAAUCUAACACUGAUGCACAUACCAAUAAAGGGUUUGCAGCACUCACUGAAAAUAUGACAGCGUUGGUGGGCGGGGUCGGAGGAGGUUUCCUGGCCAUCAUGUUGGGUAUUAUUGCAAUCUUCUGCUUCUUUAAGAAGAUGCACAAGAAUAACACCCCAGGGAAUACGCCAUCGAACAGCCGGCCUACAAGUCAGCAGGAACCAGCCGAAAUGACCGCGCUAUUAGGCCAUACCAUUCCAAAUAUACCCCAACCUCAGCCAAAUGUGGAGCAAGGAGCUUCAGUGACCCAGCUAUCAAACAACCCCUGGGAAUUCCCGCGGAACAGAGUUGACCUACAGCUAGUACUGGGAUCGGGUGCAUUUGGCGUGGUUAUGAAAGCACAAGCACAGGGCAUUAAAGGAUGUGUGGGAAAAAUGUACGUCGCGGUUAAAAUUGUGAAAGAAAGCGACAGUGAGACGGCCAGAAGAGAUUUGCUAGCGGAGCUGGAACUCCUCAAGCUUAUUGAACCACACCCAAAUGUUAUUGGCCUACUAGGAUGUUGCACUAGACAAGAGCCUUUAAUGGUUAUAGUAGAAUUCUGUGCUUAUGGCGAUCUUCAGAGUUACCUGCGUCACUGCCGUGGAGUAGAAGACAAAUAUUACCAAGAUUUGUACAAAGUUCCCAUUGAAAAGCUCGGUUCUAGGGAUCUUUUGUCAUUUGCGAUACAGACUGCAAGAGGCAUGGCUCAUCUGGCUGCCAUGAAGGUUGUUCACAGAGAUCUCGCGGCCAGAAAUGUUCUUAUUGACGAACACAAAGUUUGUAAGGUGGCUGACUUUGGCUUCGCUAGGGACAUUUACGUAGAAAACCAUUACACAAGAAAAACACAAGGAGGACGAUUUCCAAUUAAAUGGAUGGCUAUAGAAUCAUUAUUAGAUGGGGUAUCCACAACAAAAAGUGAUGUGUGGUCUUUUGGCGUCGUUCUCUGGGAAAUCGUCACGUUAGGUGCAUCACCGUAUCCAGGGAUGAACUCACAGGAAGUAAUCAACUUUCUUCAAGAAUCAUACAGAAUGGAUAGGCCUAAACACUGCUCUGAAGAUUUGUACAUCCUCAUGAUGGAUUGCUGGCAAGUGGCCCCACAGCGGAGGCCAACAUUCGUAGAGUUGUCUCAGCAUCUCAGCAAAAUGUUCAGCGAUGAAAAGGAGUAUAUUGACAUGCGAAUGUACGAGGACCACUUGUACAUCAAUUUCGACAAGGCUUCUGGGACACUUACAUCCAAGUCGGGAAGUACGCAGAAUCCUUGUGAAUCACCAUUGUGACAAGAAAUGAAGAAAUAACUAAAUAGAUCUUCCUCUCCAUCUGUAAACGAACUCUUCAGAAAAUCAUAACAACAACAACAAAAGAUCAAUGGAGGAAGAGCGUGGUUUAGAAAGUUGCGGGCGGGUAUGAAGAAUGCGGUUUGUCAUUCUACGAGACUCGCCGACACUAGGAUAGUCAACUAGGCAUGUACAAUCUUAGAUGGUAAUUUUGUCCCAAACGUGCAUCUCGUCGGCAAUUUAGAACUUGGGAAAUUAGGCACAGCCACAACACAGAUUACCUAACAUCGAUGGUAUCUUCAAAAGAAUUAUCUUAUCAAACAAUGGGUGUAAGUGAUACUAUGACAUUUUCUUGUGUUGAAUUUUUUCCCUAAUCUAAAAAUUUAACACCAGUGUGGUUCGCAUUUUCUUCGGACUCAAUUUGGUUAAAAUAUGCGAAAAGGGAACACUCAAAUUAAAAAAAUCUCAAUGAAAGAAAAAUUUCUAAUCACAGUAACCUAUUCUAUAGUCUUAAGGUAGUUUCUGUAAGGGGUAUGAGUGAAAGUCACUUUGUCGUUUCCGGUGUUUUGGAUAGCGCGCCCAAGUUAAUAUCGUACAUAAUCACAGACAUGACGUCACUGAUUUUGCCAAAGUUAAACUUGCAUUAAAACAAAUACUUCUCUUCAAAGGUUUUGAGAAUACGAUAACAUGGAAUAUAUACAAAGCAAAGGAAUAGUUAUGUUUAUUUAAGACAGAAGCUAAAUAAUUAUUAGGGGCUGUAAAUCGAGAAAUGUGGGCGCCUCCGAAAAGUUAUCCAACCGAAAAGUGCAUGAUACAAGUCAGUUAUGGAAAUGUUUCCCUUGAGCGUCUUUCAACGUUCUUGAUCCAUUAGGGAUCUUUAAAACUAGAGUAACAUUGUUUACUGUCGCGUUUUAGCGACGAGACAUAACAUUUGUCUCAUUUACUUGCAACAAAUGUUCAUAGCUAAAACAAAUUUCAUUGUAAGAAUACUCGACGAGCUGAGAUAGUACGUUCAAAAUUUGAUCCCUAAUUACAUAUUUAGGAAGACAUUUCGAAUUCUAGGGAUUUUAUCGGUCAGUUUUGUUAUAAAAAACACUUUAUGAAGACUCAGCUUAAUAAAGUCAUUGCAUUAUUUCACAAUAAACCGUUACCAAGGUUCAAUGAUG